ACAGAUAGCAACAUGUCUUCGCCUGUGGUAGUGAAGCAGCUUCCUCUAGAGGAGGAGUACGCCAAGAAGACCGGAGUCACUCCUGAGGAUGUAGCGAAGUUGCGGGCCUGGCUGGGCACUCAGCCUCACCUGCCAGGAGAUCUCAUUACAGACCUAGAACUGGUGCUCGUGUACCACUGCUGCCAACGCAGCGCCGAGGUCUCCAAGCAGGUCUUAGACCUGAACUUCACUCUCAAGACCCUCUUUGAGAACUUGUUCAAGGACCUGUUAGUAAACGAGAAGAUCUUCGCCUCACUUUCUGCCGCCGUGGUGUUGCCGUUGAAAGCACGAGCUCACGACGGCUCGGCAGUCACUUAUUGCAGCAUCAUUGAUCCAGACGCUAGGAAGUACGUCUUCAUUGAUGGACUCAGAGUGGCGCUGAUGUUGUUAGAGCUGUGGCAAGAGGAGCAGGGCACGUGGCCCGGGCUCCAGAUCGUCUUCGACAUGAGGACCUUCAGUCUGCAGCACCUGGCCAAGAUGGACCUGCAUACUGUGCAGCAGUUCAUGUAUUAUCUCCAGGAAGCCAUGUUAGUCCGCGUGACCGGGAUCCACUUCAUGCACGCUCCGGUCUUCAUGGACCGAGUCCUGAUGCUCAUCAAGCCCUUCAUGAAGAAGACCCUCAUGGAGGUGCUGUUCGUACACCAGACUGGUUCUGGGACCCUGGAGAAGUAUAUCCCGGUAGAGGGGCUGCCUGAGGAAGCGGGGGGGGAUUAUAUAUCCGUGAUGAAGGCUAGUGCGAACCUACAAGAGCGCCUAAGACUAAACAAAGACUUCUUCGAACAGAGGAACAGAAGGAGAGUUGUAGAGGCGCUCCGCCCCGGCCGGCCUAAAACCAUUACCGACAUCUUCGGGGGCAUCGAGGGGUCCUUCAAGAAACUCGACAUCGACUAGUCUUCGUCGUAGUAUCUUACCGACUAGUCGUAAUCGAAACCUAGUAAAUAAAGACUUCUUCGAAUUUAAAUAAGUCAAUUUGCGAUCAAUAGAUGGCGCUGCGGAACCCCAACCCGAAAGCAGAGGUCAAUGCUCCGCAAAAUAAUGGAUGGAAUGGAACUAGACCAGCUGCGUCAGUGACACCAAAUGGCAAUAGCCUGAAUUUGAAGGAACGCAAUUUUAUUUACCCUUUCUAAGGCAUAAGGGUUUCAGAAAUUAUGCAAAAUUAAACCCUACCACUUUGAAUCAAAGUUCAAUAUGAUGUGGGAUAUAUUCCCUCUGCCUCAUUUUAUUUUAUUUAUU